CAGAGUCUGAAAGGUCGUUUAUAUUGGAGUGAAAGACUAAACAACAUAUUCUGAAUUCAUGUUUCCUUGCCCUGAUAACCUUCUUGAUUCUGUGCAGAAAUGAUAAAUUUCAUCCAAAGCUGAAAAGAGGCCUAUUCAAUCUGUGUUAAACAGCUAACCAAGAAAACAUUAUCUGUAAAAACAGGAGCUGGGGCAAAAUUUUACUUAAAGUGAACAUAGAGAUUCACCGGACAUAUGACCCUUAUUAUGAGUCCAUGAAGUUUAUAGUGGUGAUACAGGGAUCAGGGAUGUGGACAGACCCUGGAUCAGGGUCUCUGUGUGAAGUGACUGUUGACAUUUCUUGCUGGAAAGUCAAGUAACAACAAACAGAGGCAAAAUGAGUAAAACAGGCACAAAUAAAUGCAAAAUGAGCACAAGGACAUACAGAAUAACUCACAGACAAAAACAAAGCAGACAAAAAUAACCGUAUAGAGAAGCAAAACAUCGUAAAAUACAUUAAAAUGUGUCAGAAAACGAGCCCUACUUUGAAAUGUUCUUAAAAUCAGUAUGCUAUUAAAGUUGCCUAAUAGAUAACCACAAUAAGCUUUAGCCCCAAAAGGCAGACAAAACAAGUUCCAGCGAAGCUUAUCAAGAGUUAGGUAUUACACUGUAUUUCGUAAGGCUUGUGACUUGGAACGAAAAAACAAGUUCCUCUCCCACUGUCUAUGCAGGAGGGUGGAGUUUCAACUGUUUCUUUCCCAAACAGCCACGGAACACUUCGCCUUUCUGUCCCAGUAACUGCGCUUCCGUUGCCGAAUUCCAGGGUCAGUCACACGCCGACAGUUCCACCACAUCGUCUGCGGAACCUCGGUUAACCCUGUGUCUGGUUGGACGUUAUAAAGGAGACUAAAAAAGGACAAAUCGUCGUUUGGUGACUCAGAGAAAGUUCAGACUGGAUCUUUUUUUUUCGGGAAACUUAACAGUAGCCGUUUUUGACGAGCUACGAAGCGCUACCGUCGGAAUACAUAAAGGAAAAGUGACUCGUCAGCACAACAGUUGGACUGAGUCACGUUCAGUUGCAACACGUUUAGGCUACGGGAGGAUUGAUGAUUUUUAUCUCUGUCUCGGCCACUGGUUCCGUUUUGAGUUGACUCACUGGCAGACAGGCAGACACACUCAUCCACCCAGACAGCCGCUUGCCUCCAUGUCUGCCGACUGGAGCAGCUGAACCGGGCCGCCUCUGCAGUGCCCCGGCCCCUGUCAGGUGAAGGGCGUGUCGCUGGGCGUGGAGCCUUUGUUCUAACUAGGCUACCUACACCUGAGUGAGUAACCUGAGAUCUGGGCUGAGCUGAGAAACGGUCCUAGCUGUUGGUUUUUCUCAGGUGGAAAUCUUUCCUACCGGAGGAAAUGGUUGACGUUACCACCGCACGGACUCGUUAUGGACCGUAAUGACAGACCGCAUCUUCUCGACGUUUGAGCUUUCGGACCAACGAGUGGAAACCGGGUAAGAGUGUUUCUGUAGCCUGCUUGACAUUUUGCUGACCGGUGGGUGAGAGGAGGUCAUGGCGCUGUCUCAGAUCCAGUGUCUGGACAACCAGCACGUAAACUGGCGUGUGAGCGAGAGCAAACCGGAGUUUUUCUACAGCGAGGACCAACGGCUGGCGCUCGAGGCGCUCAUUGCCAAGGGUCGAGACGCGUUCACGGACUACAUCCGCGAGAAGGGCAUCCGGGAGUUCCUCUCGGAACCGGAGCUGGAGCGGAUCGUACACACGUCGGAGACCUACCGACCCGGGUACGAGCAUCAUCAGAAACCAGAGACGCCAACCACAGGGAACCUCACCCCGGGGAACAACACCUCGGGGUUCUGGGACCAGGUGUCGCUGGAGUACUGGCCAGACCGGUCUGAGUUCUCAGUGGCGGAGCUGGACCUGGGCUGGCCCGACGCCAUCUCAUACCGAGGGGUCACACGGGUGCAUGUUUACACCCAACCUCCAACCGAUGGGCAAACGCACAUCAAGGAGGUGGUACGGAAGAGCAUUGCAUCAGCCCAGAAGGUAAUAGCUGUGGUGAUGGAUGUGUUUACGGAUGUGGACAUUUUCCGAGACUUGCUGGACGCCGGCUACAAACGCAAAAUUCCUGUAUACAUAAUCAUUGACAUGGCUGCAGUCCCCUGUUUUCUUUCCAUGUGUGGCAGAGCUGAUAUGCACCGUGGACACCUAAAGUAUCUGCGUGUGCGCUGCUGCGGAGGUGUGGAGUUCUUCACGCGGUUGGCACAGAAGGUGCAUGGAUCUCUGAGUCAGAAGUUUCUGCUCGUAGAUGGAGACCGAGCCAUCUCUGGCUCAUACAGCUUCACCUGGUCCUCCUCUCGUUUGGACCGUAACCUCAUUACUGUGAUCACAGGACAGGCAGUGGAGACCUUCGACCUGCAGUUCCGUGACCUUUACCUCUUGUCCAGAGGGGUGUCUCUCAGCAAGGUUCCCAUGGUAGACGAACCGAUCCCGGACCCACUCCCUCAGGCUGCUCCUGCGCCGAUGCCUGCUGCCGUUGCUAGGAAGCUCAUCAAUCCCAAAUACUCUCUUGUUGCUGCAGGAACCCACACAAGUCCCAACUCCUCUGACCAAAAUUCCAGCAACAAGAACUCAAACGCCCAGAAUCUCCCUGGACUAAAAGUAAUGAAUGGACGUCUUAAGGCGGUUAUCGAAGAGCCACCCAUACACCCAGGAUUAGCCAAUCUGGAGAAAGCGUACCUGAUUGCAUACCUGCCCACUUGGCCAGAUCCAGACCCGCCCAGCGAUGUGAUUGGAUUUAUCAACAUCACGGAUGAAAAGCGAGCCAAUAAGGUGCACCUACAGAGGUCUGAGAGGUUUCACACCAGUCAGGCUGUGCGCUUCAGUGCACCACCAGUACAUACGGAAGAGCCUGCUUCACACUGUGAUGCAAAUACUGCAGGACCAGCCGAAACCCCUGCACAGAAUACAAGUCCAGUGGCCUCUACUCCUGUCAGUCCCACCAACAAGCAGCUCGCAGAGCAAACGACUCCGAAUAAAGACCACACUGAUGUAACAGAUUCCACAGGGCCCCCUCAGCAGGCCAGCACACCUCCAACACAAGACCCACGCGAGCUAAAUAUACACACUCCCGCAUCCCCAUCCGGUGUUACUGCUGAUCUACAGCCAACAGACAAUGCUGAACAAACCCCCGAGACACAACCUGCAGCACCUCCUGUUCCUAAACGCCGCACACUGCAUUUAGUCAUAGACCCCGCCACUACAGAGCAGCCUGACCAACCACAGGUUGCACUAAUACAAAAAGACGAAUUGGAAGAUCUAAAUGACUCUUCCAGUAAUAUGAGAACCCAGUUGGACCUGAGACCAGGCCUCAGUCGCCUGAUGUCCAGGGACAUCGGCAGGGACUCUGGCAGCAAUGAAGAAGGCAGCCAAGACAGCACCAAGGUCAUAUGUGACCGAGCAGCCAUUGAUCACCCUUCAAGUACUUCCACUGCGUCAGAGGAGGAGUUUUAUGAUUGUUCCCAACGGCAACCAAACGGAGUGACGUCAGGUUCCGGUCGUGGGCAUCGCCUGGGAGACGGGGUCAACAUGAUGGCCCGCCUUUCCCAGAGCAUGCUGGACCUGCGGGAGUCCAGCCAAUCACAGGACAGCAGUGCCCCUGUCCACCAAUCACAACAGCUCCAUGGACAAGCUCAACCCUCACCACACAGGCACAUAGGACAGUUAUUCCAGCCCUCGACAUCUCUGCAGCAUGAUGCGAGAAUGCGAGGACCUAAAGUAAUAAUUGCUAAACCAGGAAGUUACCACCGCCCUGCCCGAGCCGCUGUACCUGUGAUUGGAGGAUACCGUUACUGGCAGGGUCAAAUGCAGUCUGAUUCAUCCCAGCUCCGCGCACAGAUGCGCUCCGGCCACUCGCCACGGCACCACAGCGAGGGCUACAAAAAAGUGGACCAUGCCUCAACCCAACAGCCGCCAACCAACCCAUCAGGGUUACUAGGAGUAUCUCUCACAAAACUGAGCAAUUUUAGACACUUAAAGGGGCGAGGAGGAGCAUCGCAGAAGAAAGCAUCUCAAAACAGCAAGGCUGCCAGGUAGAACUGUGCAUCGAUGCAGGUACAUGGGAAUGAGAAUGAGAAUGGCUUCCUGCUAAGAAAUGUGACACGUCAAUACGGAAUCUUUUCUAUCGCUGGCAUGCAUGACGCUUCCUUGUAUGCAAACCCUGAGGCUCAACGUACUAUAUAUAACUAUUUAAUUAGGGCUUUUUAAGGCUACAUCAACUAGAACUGACAGUUUGAUUUAAUAUGUUUUAAGAGGUCUUGUUUGUAAAUGAAUCACGUCACCUUCCAAACCAAACUGUAUUGGUUUAAAGGCUUCUGACUAAAUGGUUUUCAGUAGAGCAGUGUGGUCAUGUAUGUGUUUUAGAAGCAGAUACUGAUAUCUGGCAGGAAAUCAACUCUAAUGAUGGUAAUGUAUCAUAAUGAUAUACCAGCUGUGUUUAGAAACAUGCAUGAACAGACCUUUUAGCGCAGCUUUCUGCAGUUUGUUUAUCAAAGACUAGUGCUUUCUACUAAAGCCAGGGUGUUUUGUAGAUGAUAACUGUACCAGAUGUGGUCAGCUGCAGUGUGGUUCUCUGCCAACUCAGUCACCUCAGCUUUAUAUAAACAACCCUCUGAACAAAUAUUCCUAAAUUACCUCAACUGCUUUUCUUAUUCAGAAUUGUGUACUGUAAUGUUUUUCCAUGUCCAACAUACACAAAUGUGAUGAUAUGCAGCAACAUCACCCGACUAUGUAUGCCUCUAAGAAUCCGACUCUAGUGUUGAUGCCACUGUGAUUUGUUACUGCUGGUGCGCAAUUGGGGGCUAUUGUGUUUUCUAUAGUUUUGGUAGAUGUGUUGUAUCUGUGCUGAUAUAGAGACCAGGUAUAUGUGCACUGUUAAACACUGAUGUGGGACCAAAAGUGAAUGUUGUGAAUAAAAAUAUGGAUUGUUGCUGACCUAUCUCUACUGCCUCAGCCAUGUC